CGCGGAGUUGGAAGCAAAACGUUGUACCGGCGAACACGAUCUCCUUCUUAGUAAGUUUCCUACCUAUAACGGGGCUGGGAGACAUAAGCUAUAGGCAACCUUACUUCCCUUUUGGAGAGGUCUUUUCUCGGACUCAAAGCAACUACUAUUCCGUCUAUUUUCCUGUCAAACUGUGGUACAUUAUCAUCAAAUUUAUUUUGUAUCUUCAACUGACUGCGGAAACUAUACGCCUGCCACCCGAAGCGUCAACCAUAUACAAAUUCCAAGAUGGUUGCUGGGCGCUAUUUUCCUCCUUGGUUCAGUGUUGCUCCAAUGAUGGAUUGGACGGAUAACCAUUUUAGGACGUUGGCUCGACUUAUUUCAAAGCAUGCAUGGCUCUACACAGAAAUGAUUGCUGCAGAAACAAUUGUUUAUCAGACGGGAAAUUUGGUAAGCUUGUGCAAUUUUAUGAGGAGAAGGGAGUUUUUUUAUGAAGAGUUCCAACAUAUUUCUAAAGAAAGCCCUACAGUUGUAUCACGUGGUGGUGUUGUUACAUCUUCAACAAUAUACUAUUUCCUUGGCCAAGCUGAAGAGGAACAUGUCUCAAGUCCAAGUUUGUAG